AUGGAGAUAAUGAAAGUGUUAAUGGUGGUUUUGUUGUUGUUGCUGGGUGCUUCAUUAUUUGUGGUGGAAUCAAAGUACAUGGUUUAUAACACUUCACAAGGUACAGUGAGCGAUAAGAUCAAUGUUCACUUGGUUGCUCACACCCAUGAUGACGUUGGAUGGUUAAAGACUAUUGAUCAGUACUAUGUUGGUUCUAACAAUUCUAUCCAGGCUUUUUUCCAACGGUGGUGGGCAGAUCAGAGUGAGACUAUGCAGCAUGUAGUCAAGGAACUCGUUAGCUCCGGUCAACUAGAAUUCAUAAAUGGGGGUAUGUGCAUGCACGAUGAAGCAGUGACACAUUAUAUUGACAUGAUUGACCAAACAACUCUUGGGCAUCGGUUUAUCAAAAAGGAUUUUGGUGUAACUCCAAGAAUUGGUUGGCAAAUUGAUCCUUUUGGUCAUUCUGCAGUGCAGGCUUACUUGUUGGGAGCUGAAAUUGGAUUCGACUCUCUUUUCUUUGGCCGGAUAGAUUACCAAGACCGGGCCAAGCGUAAAAAUGAGAAAAGUCUUGAAGUUGUCUGGCAGGGUUCCAAGAGUUUUGGUUCGUCUGCACAGAUUUUUGCUGGUGCAUUCCCAAAAAACUAUGAGCCUCCUCCGGGUGGUUUCUAUUUUGAAGUCAAUGACCCUUCUCCUGUUGUUCAAGAUGACAUCAAUUUGUUUGAUUACAAUGUUCAAGAACGAGUCAACGACUUUGUAACUGCUGCAGUAUCACAGGCUAAUAUAACUCGAACAAAUCAUAUAAUGUGGACCAUGGGAACAGAUUUUAAGUAUCAGUAUGCGCAUUCGUGGUUCCGACAGAUGGACAAGCUGAUUCAUUAUGUCAACAUGGAUGGACGUGUUAAUGCUCUCUAUUCUACACCAUCCAUUUACACUGAUGCAAAACAUGCUACAAAUGAGCACUGGCCAGUAAAGACUGAGGAUUUUUUCCCAAUUCGAAGCAUGUGCUUCUCCAGCUAUGCAGAUCAUGCAAAUGCUUACUGGACUGGAUACUUUUCAAGUCGACCUGCCUUGAAACGCUAUGUCAGGAUGAUGAGUGGCUACUACUUGGCUGCAAGACAAUUAGAGUUUUACAAUGGGAGGAGCAAUACAGGACCAAACACAGACUCAUUGGCAGAUUCUCUUGCCAUUGCUCAGCAUCAUGAUGCUGUUACUGGUACAGAAAAGCAACAUGUGGCUGAUGAUUAUGCAAAACGACUGUCGAUUGGCUACACGGAGGCUGAAAAGUUAGUUGCAUCUUCACUCGGUUGCUUGGUGGAGUCAGCAUUGCAUACAGGAUGUCAGAGGUCAACUACUAAAUUUCAACAGGCAAAAACUCAUAAUCUCUUCAGCUUGAUUAGCCUAAAAUUUGAUGUCUUGUUGCUAUGCCCACUUCUGAAUAUAAGUUACUGUCAUGCAUCAGAAGUAGAUCUAUCUCAAGGGAGAAACUUGAUUGUUGUUGUCUACAAUUCACUUGGGUGGGCGAGAGAUGAUGCAAUUAAAAUUCCUGUCCUCGAUGAAAAUGUUAUUGUGCAUGAUUCUGAGAAAAGAGAAAUUGUGUCACAAAUUAUUCCAAUAGCAGAUGCCUUUGUGGGCUUGAGGAACUCGUAUGUUAAUGCAUACUUGGGUAGAACCCCAGCAGUGACGCCUAAGUAUUGGCUUGCGUUUACAGUUUCUGUUCCACCUUUUGGUUUCAGCACCUAUUCCAUCUCAAGUGUCAAAAGGGCAGGUGCUCAUUCUACUAAAUCAUCUGUAUACACAUUCAGAAAUGAGAAAUCUACCGUUGAAGUUGGCCAAGGAAAUUUGAAGCUUGUAUUUUCUGCAGAUCAAGUCAAGCAUCCUGAUUAUGUUAACAGCAGAAGCUUAGUUAAGGAAUCAGUUGAACAGUCAUUCAGUUUUUAUGCUGGAUACAAUGGAACUGGAAAUGAUAAAGAUCCACAGAAUGAUGGGGCAUAUGUCUUCCGUCCGAAUGGGACAUUUCCUAUAAAGCCUGAAGCCCAGGUUUGUGUUCUUUCUGAAGUUUUGGCGGUUCUGCUCUUUUCUCCUUCUUGGAUUAGGUCUAUGGUUGGAGGAAAUUUUACAUUUUCUUGGAAUGUAUUGGAGAGAUGUGAUUGUGACAAGAAAAUGUCAAAAACCCUUGUCAUUAUUAUUCCUCAGAAGAUCACCAGAUUAUACAAGGGGAGAGAGCAUGUUGAAGUUGAGUUUAUCGUAAGUGAAGUUGGGCCAAUACCCAUUGAAGAUGGAGUUGGAAAAGAAGUUGCAACUCAAAUCACAACAACCAUGGAAACCAAUAAAACAUUCUACACAGAUUCUAAUGGACGUGAUUUUAUCAAAAGGAUUCGUGAUUAUAGAGCAGACUGGGACCUGGAAGUGAAUCAACCAGCUGCUGGAAACUAUUACCCAAUUAACCUUGGAAUUUAUAUCCAAGAUGACAAGAAGGAAUUUUCAGUUCUGUUGGAUCGAGCACUUGGAGGAUCUAGUCUGGUGGAUGGACAAAUUGAGCUGAUGCUCCACAGGAGACUGCUACUAGACGAUUCCAAGGGUGUUGCAGAGAUUCUUAACGAAACAGUUUGUGUCCAUGAUCAAUGUAAGGGAUUGACGAUCCAAGGAAAAUACUAUUUCAGAAUUGACCCUAUUGGAGAAGGUGCUAAGUGGCGUCGCUCAUUCGGCCAGGAGAUAUAUUCACCUCUCCUACUGGCUUUUGCUGAAGAGGAUGGAGAUAAGUGGAUGAAUUCUCAUGUGACCACUUUUUCUGGCAUUGAUUCUUCCUACUCUUUACCUGAUAAUGUUGCAGUUAUAACUCUACAGGAGAUUGAUGAUGGAAAAAUUCUCCUCCGUUUAGCUCAUUUAUACGAGAUUGGAGAGGAUAAGGAUCUUUCGGUGAUGACGACUGUAGAACUUAAGAAGCUGUUCCCUGGAAAGAAGGUAGAAGAAAUGAUUGGCAAAGCUGCAGAAAUGAGCUUAUCUGCCAAUCAAGAAAGGACCGAAAUGGAGAAAAAGAGACUAGUGUGGAAAGCAGAAGGCUCAUCAAGAACACAAGCAGUGCUGAGGGGUGGACCUGUUGACCCCGCAAAACUGGUGGUUGAACUUGCUCCAAUGGAAAUCCGCACCUUUGUCAUUGACUUCGAUCACAAAUCCCACCAUGUUUUUGCUUCAUAA